AUCAUAUCGCAAAGUCAACCAUAUCCAGUAUUCCAUUCGGCAAGGCGACCAGACAUACGCGCACUUCGAGCUCGAGUUCCCCAGUGCAGAUAAAUUUGGCCAAAUUACGUUACAAUCGCCACAUACGCGUACGUGAUCGUGGAAUGAAUUUAUAUACAAGUCGAAGCUAGUGUUCUCCCUGAGGUCAAAAGCUACUAUACAAUUCAAGGAUUUCCAAAAUUUCAACCAUCAUGCCUGACAAAAUGAAAGCAUGGCAGUUCACAUCUGCCGCAGGCGGCUUAGAGAAGAACCUUUUCCUACCCGCCUCCGGCGCCAACAAACCCCACAUCAAUCACUCUCAAAUCCUCGUCGAGGUAUAUGCAGCAGCCUUGAACCCAGUCGACCACAAGAUUCCCGAGCUCGGCCUCCUCGCAAAGGCCAUGAUUCCCUCCCCGAGCAUCCCUGGAAUGGAUUUCUGCGGCAAGGUGGUUGAGGCGGGAGAAAAAGUCUCCUCCUCUUUCAAGCCUGGUCAAAUGGUGUUCGGCACUACAAUUGGUCUAUCAGGCCACGGAACGCUGGCUCAAUACGUUGCUGUAGGGAAGGAGAACCUCGUGGAGCUCCCCGAGAAAUACGAUGUGAAGGACGCUGCGGCCGCUGGUGUAACCGGUAUCACAGCAGUCCAAGCAUUGAAACCAAACGUCAAACCUGGUGACAAAGUCUUCGUCAAUGGCGGUUCUGGUGGCACAGGAAUAUAUACUAUUCAGAUCGCGAAGGCACUCGGCUGUCAUGUGACAGCAGCCUGUUCGACAGCCAACGUGGAUCUGUGCAAGAGCUUGGGUGCAGACGAGGUCCUCGAUUACAAGGAGAGAGACAUAAUCGAACAAUUGAAGGAGAAAGGGCAAAUCUACAGCUUAGUCGUGGACAACAUUGGAUCGCCAUCGAAUCUCUUCGUCGCCUCGGAUAAGUUCAUCGUUCCUCAUGGGAAAUUCGUUCAAGUCGGGAUGCCUGUGAGUCUCGGGGCAGCUGGGCAGUUGGCGAGGAACACAUUGCUCCCAGGCUUCCUCGGGGGUGGUAGAAGGAAGUAUCAGAUCCUUUCCUCGAAAGCGAGAGCGGAUGACCUUGAGCAACUUGCAGUAUUUAUGAAGGAGGGCAAGCUUCGGGCGGUUAUUGAUGAAGUUUUUGAGUUCGAGGAUGUGCCGCGGGCAUUUGAGAAAUUGAAGACAGGGAGAGCGAAGGGAAAGAUUGUCGUUAAUGUGAAGAAAGAGUGAGCAGCAUAUACCCGUCGGAGUGACAUAUCAUUUACUCUCUGUUUUCUAUGUAGUUUUCCUAUUCAUCACACACAUUAGGUUUACGAUUUUAUGAUAUCCGGUUUCGGAGUACUUCAAGGAGUUUUUGGAUGUGUUUAUGCUCAUUUCAAAGUGGUUGACUCGGGUGGAGACUAGCUAGGGCACUAUGAAUGUAAAAUGUAGAGUAGAUGCAACAACAAGUCCAUGGCAAGUAUUAUAAAUCGCACUCCACAAUUCGGCCGAGUACUUGAUUGCUGCUUAUAUCCAACUAACCGCAGAAGUAUAGAAGCCUAAGCACUUACUAGGAUGCAUGCUAACGUGGGGAGGAAACGUGCGUGUUCCUGG